AUGUUGAUAUCCAAACUAGUGUUCCUACAGCUAAUGAUGUUGCUCGUGACUGUGGAGACCCGGGCUGACGGCGUCUCCUCCGGGCGGCGGCCUCCGGUGCGGGUCUACGCCGGCGUCAACACGCCAGAACAAGCAGUUCUGAUCCAGCUAAAUAACGCAACAACAUCCCAACGGUUGGCAAAUUCUGCAGCCUUACAGACCCAGGGGACUGAACGUGUCGCCGCCCGUCCCAGUCACGCAGCAGGGCAGAACGACAAGUCCAUCACAGCCGCUCAUCGUCAGAAGACUUCCAUUGGCGCACCUGGGCUCUACCCCCGACCAUUUAGUCGUUCCGGCGCUGCUGUGGAGAAACUACGACAGCAGAUGCAGGGAAGAACCGCUGGUUCCUGGCGGCAUGCUGUAGGGGGUCUGGAUAACAGUCGCCUGCGUCCUGGAAUGUCGAGACUUGGAGCUGGAGAUGUUCUUGCGAAGCGCAGGAGACAUCACCUACCUUCCUCGCCAGGUGUCGGUCAGACGAGGACUGGCCAUGGUGCUCCAGGCACUCGUCACUCCCUACAUAGCGCCGCUGGAUUCCCUUCGUCCACACCCCAGUCAAAAAUGGACGAUUUUAUCUCUGAAUGGCACAAUUUUUACAGCAGGAGUCAAACUAAAGAAGAAGAUGUUGUCUCUAUUGACAAGGGACCUUCCACAGAGUCGACGAGCAAGUCUGAGAACCUUAAACACGAACCAGUAACAUCUACACCGCUCCCCGUAUAUAGUCACAACCGCUCCGAUGUCAGAAAAUUAAUUGAAAACUCCUCUCCACUUCGAACUCAGUCUCCUGGCCCGACUGUGCUAACUAGCGUUCCCUCUCUUCAUGACAUGACAAGCAUGCACUUUAAAUUCAACAGGAGUUCCUCAUCCUCUCACGUUUCUGCUCUUGGCACGCAAAGCGAAACAUCAAAGGGAAGAAAAUCCAAGAGUCCAGCGCGGCAGCCUACCAGGACUAGGGGUAACCCUUUGAUCUUGGCGACGGCCAUCAUGACCACACCCUCGUCUAUCAGACACUCAGCCACAACUAAAGCUUCUCCAGACGGAAAGGAAAUCUUCGACUCAAUACAAAGCAUCUUCGAAGCCGCGAAAACCGACGAGCGAGCUCUCUCGUCCAUGAAGAAUGUCAACCAUGGCAAUACCUCGCCUCAGUCGCUGGAUAUUUUCUCGGGAGUCUCUCCUACGUACGGGUUUCAGCCCAGUCUUCAAGCCGAGUCACUAAUUAGAUCAACAAUAGAUAAUCACGCCCAACAAAUCCAAACUAAUUCUGUGCCACCAACCGCAACACAUUCCGUCGCGUUGAUCACUAGCCAAAGGCCUUUUGUUUCAGAACCAGAUGCACAAGCAAGCAAUUCGAUACCAAGCAGCGUUCUGCUAUCAGGACGCCCUGCAGGAGGUGAUUUGCUCCUCCAGUUGGGUCACACACUCCCUGUGCAGGCGAGGGAACAGACGUGGGGCCCCGAGCACCGAGAUGCAGGUGAGGAGGACAUUAUUCACAACGAAGGACUUACGAAUGACGUCAUUAUUGGCCGUCCUGCAGCCCUUAUCCAGGCGCCGCCGGAGACGGCCCCUAUUGUGAGCAGCGCAGCGCCGCUACCCCAGCGACACUCCGGAAAUCCCGUAUAUUUCCGUAACACUGAGGAGAUCACAACACAACGCGCCCCUGAGCAAUACUCCUCGCCGCCGUGGCACCCCGAGGAGCUGAGUCCUCUCCUCCAGUUCAUCAACACGAAGUACAAACCUCAGCAUCUCAACACUAAUCCCUCUUCAGUAACGAGUCUUCAGUCUAUGAUACAUGCUGGAAGAAUCCCUGAGGUCUUCAGAAGGAACCAAGUGAUGGAUAUCAUCCGCGAAGAUCGUCUUAGAUAUGAGCCGCAGUCCGUAGAUAGAGUCGGAAAGCCUUUGAGAAACGCAGUGGAGAGGACCCAUACGCAUCCUAAAGAGAAAGGUGUGAGCAGCGGAGGGCAGUUCGUGGCCGUGUCGAGUAUUGCUUUACUUCUGGCCUUCUGCGGGUACUUCCUAUACGCGGGAUCUGCAGCUAAGGAGGCCAGGAAGGUCCUCCACCCACUCAAAACCGCAGUGGAUGAAGCCAGAAACGGCCUUCACUUCCUCUUGCGGGGACUCGACGAGUAUGAAGACCAUUUGAGCAAGGAAGAGGAAAACAAGAACUUGAAAAGACAACACAUUCAAGAACACACCACAACCCAGAGCCACAUUCCCACUAUCUUGAAGAAGAUGUGGAACACGGUCGUGCCUCCGGAGGUGCGGAUCUCCAGUGGAAUUGUAAAGCUCGACGCAGAGGGCUACAGACCCGUGAACGCCUCUGCUCUAAUUCGCAGCAACAAGCCCCGGAGGAGGACCACCACCAGCUCCCGCCAGCCGCACGCCAUCACAGUGCCUACUGGCCACAAGUAUAGUGAGGAUAAGUUCGACCUCUCUCAACACAAGCCUUCUACGGUGCAAACGGUCAUAGGCCUUAGUUCUGUCGCGAAUUCAUUUCUGAAUUAUUUGAUUAACAGUAAAGCUGUGGAGAGCAUCAUAUCACAGCUCAAGUCUUCCACAGUGAGCACACACAACCCAAAUACUCCUCGAAUGGAACCGCGAGGAGAGGAAAAACAAUCUAGUCCGAAUCAAAUUGAAAAUAAACCCGCGUUGAAGAUUCAAGAUGAAACGGCAUCCAAAGACAGAAAUCACCCAAAUGAUGACAUUUCCCAGAGCACGCCUCACGCAGCCCCACAAUCUUCACAAGCAACUACGAGCAGUCCAAAUGACCGGGAAGACAAAACUACAAACAGUUUCUGGUCUCAAGAUGGUCUGGUCACCUUUGCCGGAACAGGACUGAGUCUGGCGGGUCUUGGAGGGGUGACUGAGCAAUCCUCCCCGGCAAGCAAGCGAGUCAUCAUCAACAACCGCUUACACAUCCCCCACCACCCGGAGACCGAUCCUCCACGCACCUCCGCUUUCGUCAACAACAUCCCUCUCAAACCAGCUUUGUAAAUUCAAACCAUUUAGGCUUUGUCUCAUGUUAGGUUUUAAGAUUAUCAACCACAGGAGGGGAUUAUUAAGGCCACCAGAAUAGCUUAUUGAGCAAGUAUACUCUAGCUCUGAACGUCAUUCAGGUUUAAAGUAAACUUGAUGUGUAUACACGUUACAAUAACGUGGCUGAACAUAAAGGAAGUGACAUUUCGGUCCAUCCUAGACCGAAACGGUCUAGAAUGGAUCGAAAAUAUUUAAUUUACA